UUUUGAGGUGUUUCAACUGUUGGAGGUGGUUAUAAAAAUUUGAGUUUUAUUUGAGCGAAAACGUUCGAGCGCCGUUUUCGUAAUUCUAUUGUUUGUGUAUUCAUAAUAUUCUAGUUAGAAUAUUGAUAAUAAUAAUAUAAGACCGAGAGUCUAUUUUAUAAAUAAUCUCCGGUGAUGGUAAUUUUUCGUUGUUUGCUUAGUUUGGCUCAUGUUUGACGUGCGGUCUUUCUAAAAGGAACUUAGCAAUAAAAAUUCAAGAAGCGCUUCCUGUAUAGUUGUUGAUGAUGUGUUUCUGAUAUUUUCGCUACUUUCGUGUUUAAAAAUGCGACCGCGUAAGCGAGAUAAAGACACUGACACGAAGAAGCAAGAUCAUAAGCCAGAUCAUGAUCUAUUCAUUCAAGCAUACGAAAAACCGACCCAAAUUUAUAAAUUCCUCAGAGCGAGAUUCAAGUAUUCGCCGUAUUUCCAAUAUCGUAAUUUGACGUACAUGUCGAGAAAGUCGAAAAGAAAAUCUAGUCGGAGUUACUUCAAAGUUGACUCUUUACUUCCAAGAAUUGAAGCUCAAACUCGCCUAGCAUCGCUAGUAAAUCCAACGUUCGAAUAUUUAACCAUCAAGUACUUAGGAUUCUUCAAUAAAGAAGGAAACACGGAAUCAGUCAAGGUUGAAACUCUUCUGUUGAAGAUAUGCCACAAAAAAAGAAAGGAAAGCAACUGCCCCGUUAUGACGAAAUCUUACGGAACGGUCGUGGCGCCGUGUAAUCCCGCCGUCAACGAUACGUCGCAUAAGAAGAGUCGCGUUAUCAUUCCUACGGAAUCGUUUAGCCUGUCUAACGGACACUUUGUAAAAUCUUACCAUUUGUUGCUACGUGUGGGUACGUUGCCGCCUAGCAACUGCCACGCGAGCAAUAAAUCGGAUACCGAUGCUGGCGGACCGGCGGCGAAAAAACGUAAAAUAUCGAACGGCGUUGACGAGAAAGUUUACGAAUUCCAGUACGGAACCAAUCUGACGGUAUACGAUAAACGCAAUCGUUGCCUAUUACCGGACGGUGAUUACCAACUGUUGAUGCACGAGUUGACGCAAAAUUCGCCCAAAUUAUCGCACGUUAAUACGUCGUGGGAAACGAUUCCUAAUAGAAAAGAUCACGAAAUGUCGCCAGCGUUUGAGAACUUCGCCGCGGGCCCCAAGUUGAAAUUGCAUUUGUGUUGGACCAAUAAUCCGGACGUGGAAGAGUCGAGUGUCGUAUCGACGGUCGAAAACGACGAAAUAUGUAGCCUAGCUAAUGGAAAUAACAAAGAGAACGAUAAUCCCGACAAUAACGGAGUCUUGAAGAUAUCCACGCAAUUCAAAGAAGAGAACAACGUCAAUUUUCAAAUCAUCUAUCAGUUUCUGUACAGCAACAACAGUCGUCAGCAAACCGAACCUCAUAAAGAUUUCUGUUGUCCGUGGUGUCCGAAAUUGGAUUGUUUGAAUUUGUACGCUUUGUUGAAACAUCUGAAAUUAUGCCACGCUCGUUUUACGUUCGCCUAUACCGAAAUAACAAACGGAGCGCGUAUAGACGUAGCGCUGAAUGAAAAAUACGACGGCUCCUAUAUCGGCGUUUCGCGAGAAAUCGCUCAUGCCGGCGUAGGUUUCGGCAUUCACAAGAGGGGACCGGUUCGCAGAGCGCCAGUCUCCAAAAUUCUAGUUUGUCAUCCGAAAAGACCGCGCAGAUUCAGUUUAACCGAAUUCGUCAACGAGAAGGAUGAAAACGAUGUGGACGGACAACGUGCUUACAUAAGUGGCCACAACAGGCUCUAUCAUCAUACGACUACUUGCCUGCCUAUAUAUCCCAAAGAAAUGGAUAUCGAUAGCGAAGACGAAAGCGAUCCGAAAUGGUUGCAGAAAAAAACCACGAUGAUGAUCGACGAUUUCACCGACGUGAACGACGGCGAAAAAGAAUUGAUGAAAAUGUGGAAUUUGCACGUCAUGAAAUACGGAUUCGUGGGAGAUUGCCAGAUACCGUUGGCUUGUACCAUGUUUCUGGAAACGCGCGGUCAAGAGCUAUUGAAAAAGAAUCUAUACCGCAAUUUCGUGCUGCAUUUGUGUAACAUGUUCGACUUCGGCCUUAUCAGUCCGGUCACCGUUUACACUACUGUACAGCGUUUGCAAGAACUGAUCGGCGAAGGCACCGAAAUCAGUACUAUUUUACGCGAAUCGUGGUCGCUGCAGCGUAAAAAUUGGUUGAAAUCCGAGCACACUGCCAAGAAGACGUCGUCGGACGACGUCAAACCGAGUGCAUCCGUUUUAAACGUGAAAUGCGCUACUAGUGGUAGAUGAUUCGCGACUGUCGUGUCGCCUCCUACCUUUUUUUUUUCUUCUUCGUAUAUUCUUAUGUAUGUAUGUAGACAACCGAAAAUUCAGUUUCAGUUUCCUCCAUUCUGCCGCCCGUUACACGGGAGAAAAAAAAUAAUUUUAAUUUUUCACACAUCUUCGCAAGCUCUUUUGGCUGGCAUUUGUGAUCACGCUCGUACCCUACUUGGUUUUACAAAAUUAUAAUGAUCACUCCGCCUGUAGUUUGGUCAGAGGUAGCUUAUCGUUUUCAAAUCCGUUUCUCAUCGCACCUCGAUGCUCGCUAGUUAUUUUAUGACUACAUUAUCGAGAUGCUGUAGUUUCGACCGUUAGGUAGUCGUUAUUUUCACCGAAAUACGAAAUACAAUUCGCUAUGAUCAACCGAACCAUUUAGCAGAACAUUUUUUUUUUAGGGGUGCAUGAUAUUUCUGCGCACCCUAUACCUGUACCUACCUACAGGGUGCCCAGAAAUAUCGAAUACUCUCGAAACAGUUCUUUGCCAAAUGUUUCGAUUGGUCACAGUGAAUGAUACGAGUAAUAAUGAUAUCACAUGAUUGCUGGUUGGUGAUCUGAGGGGAUGACAUUCCACCAAUCAUAUGCAUCUAUUUUACCGAAGAACUUUCUUUGGGGAACUCGGAUAUUUUUGUGCACCUUGUACGUCCAUAUUAAGAAAACUCGAUGUAUUUUGUAUUCGAACCGUGUAGUGUAUCUUUACUUUCGUAGCACUUUGAAGAAAUACUAAACUUUCUUCGCCUACCUAUCAUUACACUUUUUACGGAGUUGGGUUUAAUUUAUCGCAAAAAGAAGAGCGAGUCUAUUUAUUUUAUUGAAACUUAAAAAAGUAUCGCAGGAAUAAGGAAUGAAACACUGCCGCAUUUUUUUGUUCUGUUUUAUUAUUAUUAUCAUCAUUACUAUUAAUACCUUACGUAUUACGUAUUAUUUUUCCAACCCUCGGUACUGUGACUGGUAUUCGUUCGUGUUUCCAUCAUUCACUGCCUUUUUAGCUAAUACGGGUUCGCUUUAACCAUUACCGUCGCCGAAAUGGUUAACGUUAUUAUUAUUGUCUAUUAUGCACAUUUUGCCCGCCAUCGCCAACGUUGAACGUUCCUUAAAUAAUACUGAAUUGCGUGCAGGGGGUCUGGUGACUUGAUUACGUGAUUUAAUUACUCGUAGACGAUUGAGUAUUGUUUAAAAAAAAAAAAUCGAAUUAGAAUUGAAACGAAUAACGUGCAGUUGAACGAAAAAUUUCCGUUUAUCUCGACGACGAAUUUUUAACACUCGGUCAUCUUGUUUUUCCUCCUCUUCUUCUUCAAUCACACUGGUUCAGUUACGAGUAGAUCUAGUAACAACUGUCAAGUAGAUCAUUCUUAUCGUUAGACUACUCACCAGACACCCCGAAUAAUAAUGCAAAUUCGCAAAUUGUCAGCUUGAUUCAACGUGUAAGUAGUCGUAAUGAUCCACUCGAGAUUUGGAUUUUUCUCAAUUUUCACUGCCGCUUCCGCAAUCGCGCGUAUCAAAAGAGUGAUUCGAGCUGACCGAGUAGGUACAGGAUGCCUUCUUUUGUGUUGUAUAUGCUAGUGUUUUUUUUUUCGUUUUUCCCAAGAUCAUCGUUUAUAAUUUUUAAUUUAGGUAGUACGUGUGCCGAUUUUGACCAAACCAUCGACUUGGUCGUAAUCGAAAAAAGAAUUCGUUGUUAUGUACGAUUUUUUGUACCGGGUACAGUUUUCAUUGUCGGCAUUUUAUCGACGUCGCAGACCUGGUUUGGUUGACCGAGUAUCCGAGUACAUAUUCGUAUUUUCGUCGCGUUGCCGUCGCAUUUGUAAUAUUUUAAUUUAGCCUAAGAUUUCUGUAAUCUAUACUAGUUUGUCGUUGUAGGUUAUUAUUGGUUAUAGCGCGGGAAUUUCAAGACGAACAUGGUACGUUGGGCUGUGCCUUAUAAAUUAUAUGUAUUUGUACUUCCUUGUACCUAUUUUCCUCCUCCCCCUCCCCCUCACCUACCUACCCUUUUGUACACUUCAUAAAUUCCGUUCGAUGUACGAUGCAACACUAAAUCAAGUCAUUAUUGUACGUAUACGUAUUAUAAUAAUAGUCGAGGGAUGAUAUUUAUUUAAUGUAAUAAAAUAUAGUAAAUGUU